AUGGCGGGUGAAUUGACUGCUUUCAGGUUCAUGAAGUCAAGGCAUCGUCCCCAUACCACUGAUCUCCAAGCCGCUGCCGGGUGGGGUAUCGCUGCCGUCACCGGUGCUCUUUGGCUCGUCCAGCCAUUUGAUUGGCUGAGGAAGACCUUUUUGGAGAAGCCGGAGCCUGAAGACAAGUGA